CGCGUCGCGGGAUCGGUGGUGAAACAAAAAGGCAUAUGAGUGUAGACAUGAGUUAACAACAAUUACAGAAGAAUUUAACUCAUUUUCCUACUCGAAGUCCUCCAUUUUCUACAGUAAAUUCGAAAAGCUUGAGGGAACAGAAAUGGUGUCGUACGUGAGCUUGUUGCUGUACGGAGUGGGAGGAAUAGUGGUGGCGGGGAUGGCAAUACUGGUCGCCUUUCAGGAAAAACUUGUAUAUGUUCCGGUCUUACCUGGACUCACUAAGGCAUAUCCAAUUACUCCCGCUCGACUUCGACUCCUUUACGAAGAUGUUUGGCUCAGAUCUUCAGACGGUGUUCGUCUUCAUGCUUGGUUCAUCAAACUCUUCCCUGACUGCAAAGGUCCAACUAUCAUCUUUUUUCAAGAGAAUGCAGGAAAUAUUGCACACCGUCUUGAAAUGGUUCGCAUAAUGUUACAACGUUUGCAAUGCAAUGUUUUUAUGCUUUCCUAUCGAGGUUACGGAGCCAGUGAUGGAUACCCUUCUCAGCAUGGGAUCACAAAGGAUGCUCAGGCUGCACUGGAUCAUUUAGUUCAGAGGACCGAUAUUGACACAUCAAGAAUAGUAGUCUUUGGAAGGUCACUUGGAGGAGCUGUUGGUACUGUUCUUACCAAAAACAAUCCUGACAAGGUUGCUGGGCUCAUUUUGGAGAAUACUUUCACCUCUAUCCUGGAUAUGGCAGGAGUUCUCUUGCCAUUCUUGAAGUGGGUCAUUGGUGGCAGUGGCUCAAAGGGUUUCAAACUUCUUAACUUUGUUGUUCGAUCUCCAUGGAACACCAUUGAUGUCAUUGGUGAGAUCAGGCAACCAAUCCUCUUCCUAUCUGGAUUACAAGAUGAGAUGGUUCCACCAUUCCACAUGCAGAUGUUGUAUGCAAAGGCAGCUGCACGCAACAGGCAAUGCUUAUUUGUGGAAUUUCCUAGUGGGAUGCACAUGGAUACCUGGUUGGCAGGUGGUGAUCAUUAUUGGAGGACAAUUCAGAAAUAUUUGGAAGAAACUGUCCCAGUGAAGAAGGAUGAUGAAUCAAAGAAGGAUUCGGAACUGUCCUCUAAGCAAAAGGUAUCUUCAGAUUUUGUUGCAAGCUGAAAUGUUGAGUUUCAGGCAGUUCAGAUGUAACUUUGGAUUCGAGGAUUCAAAUACGUUUCUUUUGAUAUUGCAGUGAUGAAGAGCAGUUUGUGAUAUCAAAGGAAUGGAAGUGCAUCCUUUCAAAUAUUUAUUCUUCUGAGGAUAUUUUUUGGUGUCCUAUUUUCAGAAGGGAAAAAGAUGUGAAGGUCUUCAUUUAUACUGCAUCUCACUAACAAUACUUGGGGUGUCGAAAUAUAGGUCCAGCUGAGUCGUGUUGUAUGAAUAAGGAUUCAAACGUUUUGAUUGUAUGCCAAACGUAGAAUGGCAACUCUCUACCAGAGAGUGAUGACAGGCGGAAGACAUUCUUUCGUGUGAAUGGCUUACUCUUUAUUUUGGUGUGAUGAUUUUUCUUAUAAUUUGUGAACUUUCAAUCUAUGUAUUCAAACUUUCCUUA